AUGAUUCUUUCUUUAGUUGCCACUCCCUUUCUACUGCUCUUUUUUUUUUCUUCUUUAACCUUCCUUAUAUACUUUCAAAUCUCUUUCGCAUCCUUUGUCUCUUUCCUUCUUUCUUUUUUUUAUUUCCUUUUUUUAUCAUUCAUCUCUUUCUUUUUGAAAUUUGUCAUCUGUUUCUUUCAUCCUCCUUUUCUUUUUUGCGAUUUUCUACUUCUUUCUUUUUUUCUUUCUUUCUUUCUUUCUUUCUUUCUUUCUUUCUUUCUUUCUUUCGGUUUUUUUAAUAUUUUUCUUGUUCUCUCGUCCACCCUUUCUUUCUUUUAUCAUCUUUAUUUUUUACUUUCUUUCGUUUUUCGUUUCUUUUGUUUUUGUUCGUCUUUUUCUUUCUUCGGCUCUUUGUUGUCAUUCUAUGAAUUUUUCUCAUUCUUUCUUUCUAUCUUUCUUUCUUUGUUUCUUUCUGCCUCUCUUUCUUGUGGCGAUUACUUUCUUUUUUUUCUACUCUUUCUAGUUUUUUUUCUUCCUUUCUUUCUUUUUUUUCUUCUUUUCUUUAUUUUUUCUUUAAUAAUUUCUAUAAGGACUUUCUUGACUACUUUUCCGAUAUCUGUUUCUUUCAUUGGGAUUUUUCUUUCCUCUCUAUCUUUUCGGGAUUUAAUAUCGUUCUUUCUUUUUCUUCAGUCCUUAUUUGUUUCUUUCUUUUUUGUGAUUUCUUUCUCUCUAUUUUUCUUUCUUUCUUUCUUUCUUUCUUUCUUUCUUUCUAAAUCUUCCUCUCAUUAA